AUGAGGACAGGUGUGAAACCCAUGAGUAUUCACAAGCCUGAAGAGACAAUUGCUGCAGCAUCGGCCACUGUGGCGACUGCAUCCGAGGCAGGCGGCUUGGAGAAGGAGGUCACCCCAGAUAAAUAUGAGUUUGAUGACAACGAGGUUGAACGAGAUUACAGUGAAGUAGGCUUGACUCCACUUGACGAUUCUACAGAAUUUGAUGAAGCCACUUCACCUGGUGCAGCGACUGCGUCUCCUCAGGAUUCCACAACGGGUGGAACAAGGGUGGCCAAAGAAAACAACUUGGAAGAGCCUCCAAAGAACAAUGACAAACCAGAAGAUGAUGUAGCUGACAACCCAAUCGGUCUUGACGAACAUGAUGAAACCGAGGAGGAUGCUCUUAACCUUAUCAGACUCAUGGUCAAGAGAGCCAUUGAGGAUGAUGAUGAGGAUGACGACGAAGCACAGCCAGAGACCAUUGAUGAAGAUGAUUUUUCAUUUUCUGACAUGUCCAAAAUCUUUGAACCUCUGAUAGAAGCUUUCUCCCAGCUUGUGAACCAGGAUGAGGAGGGCCCCUCAUUGCACAACCUGGACAGUUCAAACGGGUUGCUUGACUUCGACGCCCACGGACCGGCCUGA